CGCGAUUCGCGACUUCCUUGUGGCGCAGAGCAAAAAAGCAACAGCGAGACCAACACAAUUCACAUGCUUGGUAACACUUGAUUCUUUGCAUCUUUGGUUGUUUAUUUUAUAAUUCGUCAAUAAAUUUUGUUCAUGAUUUUCUAGAAGUUUGAGUAGCAAUGGCGCUCCUUCCUGUUCGUUUGCGUAUUCCAAGAAAUUUGUUUGCGUAUUUGUAUAAUAUAAUAUGUCCUUCUGAUGAUCCUGAUGCCAUUCUUGCCUCCAUCUUUUUAGGCCUGAACAUCCGGAUCUUGUGGUAAACUACACUUGAAUAUGCAUUUUUAGGCUUGAACAUCUUCAUCAACCUAGUACGUACGUCGAUGUCCUCCCCUUCAACAGAUUCGUUUCCGAUGCCAAGCUAAUGAGAAGAGUGACGAUGAUGUCACGGAGAGCGAGAGCGAAGAAAAGGGACAACCUCAAGGAGGAUCUCAAAGAGCUCAAGCAGGAGACUCUUCAUCCUCUGACGAUGGAGGCAGUUCCUCUGACGACUCUGAAGAGGAGGAAGAAGCUGGAGCUUCCGAGAGCAACAAGAUGGCCUUAGGCUUGAAGAAACAAGAAGUAGAUGAACAAGAAGUAGAAGAUGGACAAGAAGGAGAAGAGAAAAAUAAAGGUGGAACUAGUGUUGAAACUAGUACUAGCAGUAAAGGUACAACUAGAAGUAAUGCAGAUAAAAAUAUGCUGGACCACGAUGAACAUGAUCUUCAAGCAGAUGAUGCCUUAGAGGUCGACGCGGCUCAUGUAAAGGAUCAUCUACAAGACGUACAACCCACCG